AUGCAAGAUCACUAUUGUUAUUAUCUUUCAUCAUCAUUAACUGGGAUAUCCGAAGAAGAUUGUCAUAUGCAGCAUGAUCGAGAUGAUCCAGUAAACAUUGCUCGACCUUUAUUUAGCCAUUUAUCUGAACUAUUGCUCGAUAUGAUGAAAGAAUGCGAUAAAGAUAGUGAAUUUAUGUCGGAUUAUGAUAAUCCAUUUCGACAGUAUGGUUGUUGUUUUCAACAACAAUUUUGUGAUUCAAUGAAUAAAACAGAUCCAACAAAUUUUGAAUUCAGCAACUGUCUUGAAACUUUAUUUGAUCGAACUGAUCCAACAAAAUGUAUUGGUAGUUUGUAUGACUACAAAGAGUGUGAGACCUGGCCAAGUUCCCAGGAGUCGGGAACUCAUUGGGAAAUGGGAACUCAAACGGUGUCGGUGGGUGUGGGACGUUACCGUUACGUUCCCAGGUAA